CGCCGCGGCCGCCGCCCGCCGGCUGCGGGGCGGCCGGCCCCGGCGCACGCAGGAUCCAAGGGAUCAGGCCCUUCUCUGUAUCUGCUGCUGUCAGAGCCAUCUUGGGAGUGGGCAGAUGGGGAGAUGAUGGUGGGAAGCAGAAGCUCACCCUGCAGAAUGUGGCAGAACUAAUUCGGAAGAAGGAGUGUCAUCGAGUAGUAGUGAUGGCUGGUGCUGGGAUUAGCACCCCCAGCGGUAUUCCAGAUUUUAGGUCCCCGGGGAGUGGCCUUUACAGUAACCUUGAGCAGUACAACAUCCCUUACCCAGAAGCCAUCUUUGAACUGAACUAUUUCUUUCUCAACCCUAAGCCCUUCUUCACUUUGGCCAAGGAGCUCUACCCUGGCAAUUACAGGCCCAACUAUGCCCACUAUUUCUUGAGGCUCCUGCAUGACAAAGGACUUCUCCUGCGUCUCUAUACUCAGAAUAUUGAUGGGCUGGAGAGAGUUGCUGGGAUCCCUCCUGAUAGACUGGUAGAAGCCCAUGGCACCUUUGCCACUGCCACUUGUACCAUCUGUCGAAGGACAUUCCCAGGAGAGGACUUCAGGGGGGAUGUCAUGGCAGACAAGGUCCCUCACUGUCCUGUCUGCACUGGAAUCAUCAAGCCUGACAUUGUGUUCUUUGGCGAGGAGCUCCCACACCGCUUCUUCCUGCACAUGACCGACUUCCCCAUGGCAGACCUGCUUUUCGUCAUUGGAACAUCCCUGGAGGUGGAGCCCUUUGCCAGCCUGGCAGGUGCUGUUCGCAGUUCCGUUCCCCGAGUCCUGAUCAACCGGGAUCUCGUAGGACCAUUCGCCUGGCAGCAACAUUACAAUGAUGUAGCCCAGCUGGGGGAUGUGGUCAGUGGGGUCAAGAAGCUGGUGGAGCUACUGGACUGGAAUGAAGAAAUGCAAACACUAAUUCAGAAGGAAAAAGAAAAGGGAACACCCCGAAAAAGCCCUACAGAUUUAGAAAGUUCUCCUGGAGCUGGAAGUGACAAGACUAGGAAAACCCCUAUGGCACGUAUAUAAAAUUAGUCCACACAGCCUUCUGGAUGCGAAAGAAAAAUAGGACAGCUGGCUUCCUGCUGCUGGAAGACGAUGUUCACCUUGAAAAAGAGAUGUUGUCAUGCCCAGCACAGGCAGAGAAAUCCCAGCAGGGAGCUGUCAAGAGGCUCUGCAGCAGCAAAUGUACAUAGACUUGGCAUCUGGGGAAGAGGGGAUGCUUGUGGCUGAAUCCAGCCAUCCUGGAAGGGGAGCAUAAAGGCCUUCACCCAUGAAGAAAAUGGAGACUAAAUACCAAGCUGCAAACUGGUUCUAAUAUUUUGGAACAGUUUAUAUGGUCAUGGCACACUGUUCCGUCCUAUCCUCACCUCAUCAUAGCAUUCCUCAGGAGAGGCUUCUCUCUUCAGCAGCUCUGGCUUUGCUGCCCAGUUGGUGCACCAUUUGAAGAGGCUGUUGUUCAACCGUGAGAUGUUCACCGUUAAGCAUGGCCAGGAGCUCACUGAUUGUCUCCCAAAACUCACACAAACAUGUUGGAUGAGAUCUACAUAUGCAGCUUGCAGUUUGGAUCUCCUUCUUUCUGAGCCCUCUAGCCUCAAAGACCCUCAGGGGGGCCAAUUUUCAAAAUCCAGGUGUUGAUAAAGCUACAAAGGUCAGGGCUUAGGGUAUGCCAGAAGAUAAGCAGCCAAAAUCACUUCCAAAGUCCAGAGUUCUCACCUGCAUCCACUGGACUGAGCAUCUGCCAACUCCUUUCACAGCUCUUCCCCAGACUGAUUUUUUCAAUAAUCAAGAUCCUUCUGUUGCUGCAGACAUGUAGUGUUUAUUCUUUAGAUGAAAUCUCUGUUAAUCAGGAGACAAAUGCUAUCAAUGUGCCUGUCCCAUUCCCUCCCACCCCUUUCCAGCUGAGCAAGGUCAGCUCCAGCUGCUGGCAGUUCUGUCUGGAACACUUUUGAAUCAGUGUAGAGUUAAUUGUUUAAUAAUAAAGAGUGCUACUUCUUUU